AUGACGAGGCAAGGAUAUGAUGAAUUUGGUGGAGUUGUAUCAAUUACUUGGCUAGAUUCUUCCUUCUAUGAUGACUGCCACUUAGAUGAUUUGUUUGUUUCUUUCUUCCUCGAUUGCCAUGAUAUCGAUUCACUUGCAUCUGCGGAUAUAAUUCAAUUUUGUUCGGUCUAUGCCAGGAGGCCAUUACCCUACGGCUAUGGAGGCCCCCAGAGCCGGACAGGCCCUGGCUUUCCCUGGCAUGGUACAUAUUCUCAGAGUGGAGAGAGAGGGAAAAAUCUGUCUCUCUUUUAA